AUGAACCAAUCAAGACUCUACGCAGGUCGUUCUCGAUCACGUGUCACAGACCCUGCUGGUCCAACCCCCGUAGAAGAAGAAGAGGAGGUUGAGGAAAUAAGCUUAGAAGAUGUCGAAGAAUUCAAAUAUGAUCCAAAUAAUCACCCAAUUCCCCACCAGCCAUGGCGUCGUGGAAUAACUGCUGGUUGUGAAGAUCCAAUCGAUGCUUCAUGGCGCAUACGGGCAGAGGCCCUUAUUGAAAAGUCGAUUGAAAUGACGGGAGGAAAGCUGAUCGGUGUUACAUGGUUUCUGGCACAUCUGCUCAUCACCAUCGAUGACGAUUUCAGUGAAGUUCCAAGGGAUCUUUUGAAGACGAGUGGUCCUGUGAUUAACGUGGUGGAACCAGAAAAUCCGAUCUUCCGUGACCCUGCUGAUCCUGUUCCCGAGGAUAUUUGGGCUGACGAGGAAAUUGAAAUGCCUUCUAAUGACGAAGUGAUGGAAGCAGCAGAAGACCUCAAGUCAAAAAUGUAUGCUCGUCCAGAAGAAGGGGAAGAACCUUUGGACUUGGAUGAAGAGGAUAUUCCGACAUUCCAAUCUGCAGAAACGCGGGAAGAUAAAGCUCUUCGUGUCGCAGAGGAGGCUUCGGAGAGAAUCAAUGAUCUUGAAUACCAAAUUGACAUCGAAGCUUUAAGGAUCAACACUCCGGCGAUCUCUUCGAUUGCUGGUGCAAUCAUUGAGGCGCUGGAGACAGAGGAAAAAGAACUCCGGAUUCUCGAGCGCCACGAAAUUGUACUCUGCAGUCCUGGAGCUCCAGAUGUGCUCGAAACACAAAAAGAGUUUGACUCUCAUCGAGGCCGUGAUGUUGCAGUUGAAACAGUAGACCCAUGGGACUCAAAUCGCACCUUGCGGGGGAAGCUUUUGGAUCGGAAUUCAAUGGACAUUUUGAUCAACCAAAAGGGAAGGAUGGUGACUAUCCCUCAAAAUUUUGUCAAGUGCGUGAGGCUUCCAAACGAAAAAGGAAAACAUGAAGGAAUUGAGGACUCGAAAGAAGGGUAA